CUCUCUCUCUCACUCCUGCUGUUGACAGCUGACAGCUGAUGAAUGAGCCGGCAUCAUCUGGAAGAAAGGAUGCAAAUAUCAAUUUUGAAUUACGUGUUCCAAUCUUUUGACAACAUGAUCAACAGGAUUUUUAAAUCACAUUAUUCGCGUCUUUUAAUAUAUCCUGAAAAAGAUUGCAAAUACCUUGUAAAUAUUUAUAAUAUAUGCAAAGGUGCAAUGCGCUUACCGUUUGUUAUGUUUCAAUGUCGCUUGCCAACGCGCCUUGUGAAAUGAAAUAAUCAAUAAAGAUAUGUGAACACGUAUAAGGCGCAAAAAUACACAAAAUGAUCUUGUCGAGGGCCAAACCAGCCUCGUCCGAUGGUGUUCGUAAAUCGGCGUUACGUAAGGAAACACCUAAGUUGGUGGAUUUCCUUGAGAAACGAGAUUACAUCGGUGCCUUGACAUUACUGGAAUUUGAAAGUAGCACUGGUAGCAGUUUGGAGACAGAUCUAUGGAUGGGAUAUUGUGCGUUUCACUUGGGUGAUUACAAACGUGCAGCAACGGUCUAUGAAAGUUUGAGAAAAAAGGAUUACGUACCACCGGAUGUCCUGACAAAUCUCGCAUGCUGUUACUUUUAUCUGGGCAUGUAUCCUGAAUCGCAAAAGAUCUUGGAAGAUGCAGCGGACAGCAAACUGAGGACCAGACUGCUGUUCCACCUAGCCCACAAGAUGGGCAAUGAAUCAAAAUUAAUGGAAUACCAUCAAAUGUUGCAGGAUGUUAUUGAGGAUCAACUCAGUCUAGCUUCUAUUCAUUAUUUGCAAGCUCAUUAUCAAGAAGCUAUUGACGUAUAUAAAAGAAUCUUGUUGGAUAACAGGGAUUAUCUAGCUUUAAAUGUAUACGUAGCUUUAUGCUAUUAUAAACUAGAUUAUUAUGAUGUUGCUCAGGAAGUGCUCCAAGUCUACUUGCAAAAAUAUCCAGACAGUGCAAUCGCGAUUAAUCUGAAAGCAUGUAAUCAUUUUCGUUUAUAUGAUGGAAAUGCUGCACAAGCUGAGAUGAAGCAGCUCAUUGAAAAAAUAUCCAGUAGCUUUAGCUUUGGACAUGAUCUGAUACGUCAUAAUACAGUUGUAUUCAGAGGUGGUGAAAAUGCUUUGCAAAUUUUACCCAACUUGGUCGACGUUAUACCGGAAGCCAGGCUUAAUUUAGUAAUAUAUUAUUUGAAGCAAGACGAUGUCAAAGCAGCCUAUGAUUUGAUAAAAGAUUUGGAACCUGCGGUUCCACAAGAAUAUAUUUUGAAGGGUAUAGUUAAUGCUGUUAUGGGACAGGAGGCCAAUUCUCGCGACAGCAUAAAAACAGCGCAGCAAUAUUUUCAACUAGUAGGUUCCUCGGCAUCGGAAUGUGACACUAUACCCGGUAGACAAUGCAUGGCCUCUUUCUUCUUCCUUUAUCGGCAAUUUGAAAAAGUUAGAUUAUAUCUGAACUCUAUAAAGACGUACUUCUCCAAUCAGGACAACUUUAACUUUAAUUAUGCCCAAGCACAAACUGGGGCGGGCUAUUUCAAAGAAGCAGAGGAAGCUUUCCUGUCAAUACAUACUGAAAAAUAUAAAAACGAUUAUGUUUACAUCAGCCUUCUAUCGUACUGUUAUAUAAUGAAUAAAAAGGCUCAACUAGCCUGGGAACUGUAUCUGAAGAUGGACACGUCGACGGAAUCCUUCAAUCUGCUUCAGUUGAUUGCCAAUGCGUGUUAUAAAGUAGGUGAAUUCUGGUACGCUGCUAAGGCUUUUGAUAUGUUGGAGCGCAUGGAUCCGAAUCCUGAACAUUGGGAAGGAAAGCGUGGUGCAUGCUGUGGUACUUUUCAAUAUAUCGUUGCGGAAAAAUUACCUAAAGAACUGUUGUCGGAUGUGAUACAACUUCUUAAAAAUACAUCCAAUUCUCAAGUGGAACAGAUAAUACGCGUUAUGCGCAAAUGGGGAAAGGACAACAGAGUAAAUUGUUAACAUCAUUGAAUAUCAUAUCAUUAUCGAUUUCGUCCAAAAACAAUGCAAUAAUCUUGUUAUAAAAUAAUAUUACAAAAAUGUAUAACGCAUGUAUAGAGAAAAUAUAGAGUUGAUACGUUUGUUGAAA